CCGCUCGCCCUCCCGCGCCCCGCACCUGCCCGGCCGCCCCGCGCCUCGCACCCGGAGGGGAGCGCGCCAUGGCCGCCCCGGACCUAUCCGCCAACCUCCAGGAGGAGGCCACCUGCGCCAUCUGCCUGGACUACUUCACGGACCCUGUGAUGACCGACUGCGGCCACAACUUCUGCCGCGAGUGCAUCCGGCGCUGCUGGGGCCAGCCCGAGGGCCCGUACGCCUGCCCCGAGUGCCGCGAGCUGUCGGCGCAGCGCAACCUGCGGCCCAACCGCCCGCUCGCCAAGAUGGCCGAGCUGGCGCGGCGCCUGCACCCGCCGUCGCCCGUGCCGCCGGGCGUGUGCGCCGCGCACCGGGAGCCGCUGGCCGCCUUCUGCGGCGAUGAGCUGCGCCUGCUGUGCGCCGGCUGCGAGCGCUCGGGCGAGCACUGGGCGCACCGCGUGCGGCCGCUGCAGGACGCGGCCGACGACCUCAAGGGCAAACUGGAGGUAUCCCUGGAGCAGCUGCGGAAACAGAUGGAGGAGGCCUUGCUGUUCCAGGCCCAGGCGGAGGAGACCUGCGCCCUGUGGCAGAAGAUGGUGGACAGCCAGCGGCAGAACGUGCUAGGUGAAUUUGAGCGACUGCGCCUCCUGCUGGCAGAGGAGGAGCAGCGGCUGCUGCAGGAGCUGGAGGAGGAGGAACUGGCUGUGCUGCCCCGGUUGCGGGAGGGCGCCGCGCGGCUAGGCCAGCAGAGUGCCCAGCUGGCACAGCUCAUCGCCGAGCUGGAGGGGCGCUGCCAGCUGCCGGCACUCGGGCUACUGCAGGAUGUGCAGGAGGUGCUGCACAGGGUCCAGGAUGUGAAGCUGCAGCCCCCCGAGGUGGUGCCCAUGGAGCUGCGCACAGUGUGCCGGGUCCCGGGGCUGCUGGACGCACUACGCCGCUUUCGAGGGGAUGUGACUCUGGACCCCGACACUGCCAACCCUGAGCUGGUGCUGUCUGAGGACCGGCGGAGCGUGCAGCGCGGGGCCCUGCGGCAGCCGCUGCCUGACAGCCCAGAGCGCUUUGACCCUGGGCCCUGUGUGCUGGGCCAGGAGCGCUUCAGCUCGGGCAGGCACUACUGGGAGGUGGAGGUGGGCGACCGUGCCAGCUGGGCGCUGGGCGUGUGCAGGGACAACGUGGACCGCAAGGAGCAAGGCGAGCUGAGCGCGGGCAACGGCUUCUGGAUCCUCGUGUUCUUGGGCAGCUACUACGCCUGCACGGAGCGCGCGUUCGCGCCGCUGCGGGAGCCCCCACACCGUGUAGGUAUCUUCUUAGACUAUGAGGCAGGACUGCUGGCCUUCUACAGUGCCUCGGAUGGCUCACUGCUCUUUGUCUUCCCACACACCCCCUUCUCGGGGACACUGCGGCCCCUCUUCUCACCGCUGUCCAGCAGCCCCACCCCAAUGACCAUCUGCUGGCCCAAGGCCGCGGGAGAACCCCCAGGCCCUCAGUGAUGGAGUAUGCUUAGGAACCCCAGGGGUGUGAACUGUACCACACACGGGGUGGACAGACCAGGGCCUAUCCCAGCUGUGCCCACCAGCUCAGGAGGGGCCAGCAGAGGCCGAGCCUGUGCCGGAGUGGGGUUGGGAGGUGGGGAGCGCCCAGCAUGGGUAGACUUGGGGAAGCCAGGGGUUCAGGAGCCCUGUGCUCCAAGUCCCGGAGUUGUGUCAAGUCUGGGUUUUAGUCUUUUUAUUUAUUACAAGAAGAACAUUUCUAUAUUAAACAGAUGUCAGCUAUGCGUGGGCUUGUUUAAAGCCCCGUGGAGACAUAAACCAAGCAUCUUGUUCCGGCUUCCUUGGAGGGACGCAUGGGGCUGCCAGGGCAAGAUGGGGCUGUGGUGUUGGGCAGCAGCCCAGGGAGCUGGACCCGUGACUCCCUGUGAUGCGAACAAAUGUGUGUGCAGGUGCUUGGCACGUCAGCAUGCAAUUUUAGAGUUAGGGGUUUAUUUGAGAAUCAGGAGAGAUCCACCUGGCUUC